AUGGGUUCAAGCAACAGCAGGUUAGAUGGGUCAAGCCAGUCAUGGACUAACAGGUUCAAGCGCAGAGCCCUUGCUUCUCUCUUUUGUGGCGGUUCUGUUUCUCAAGCUUCUAUUGAGAUGGGUGAUCAUGUGGAUGAAUCAUUGACAGGAUCUCUUCAAAAUUUAGCUACUUGUGUUUCAGCGAGCUCUAAGCAGGCCUCAUCUUCCAACUUUGGUUCGGAUACUGGGUUAAGUAGUUCCUGUGCUGAAAGUGGGGAAUUAUCUGGAAGUAGUAAUGGUAAUGUUGAGGAUACUUCUGCUUCUAAGAAUAGCGAGUUACAAUCUCAGCAGCCAAAUGUCAAUGACAGUCUUAUGGAAGCUGAAGCAGCUAGUGCUUCAGUAAAAGAACAGACACCAACAGCAUCUGUCUCUGAUGAUGAAACGGUGGCAGGUGUUGUAGGUCAGGAUUCUGAGAAUCAAGAUUCGAAUGGGGAGUCCAUUUCAGAUGCAAGUAUAGAUUUGUCUAAUACAAAUUCUGUUAUUCCUGCUUCCUUAGCAUCUGGCGGGGAACAAGAAGCGAGAGCAGCAAGAGUGCUUGUUGUUGAUGUGGUGAGCAUACAUUCCAACAUUUUGUCAAGUGGCUUUGCAGAAAUUAGUAACCGUGAGGCAAGAAGGAAUAGUAGAAGAAUGUUUUGGGAUGCUUUUUCGAGAAACAGUUUGAGGAGGAAUAGAGAUUCCCCAACCAUAGUUUUUACAACUAGUCAUGCUGAUGAUCUAGGAUCCCAUGACAGAUGGCUUCUUGAUUUUACUGGCGAUUUACAUUUCGAUGGAGUUGGUCGUGAAUUUAGAUAUCCUGGAACUCGAAGUCGUCAAAGGAGCGAACGGCGAUGGCUAUCAAGAUAUGAGGUAACUGCUUAUGCAUUUCCUUCUCAUGCAAGCUGUUUAUGGGCGAAAUUGUCAAAAGACCCUUGA